GAGGAGAAGCAAAAGCCCUCACAAGAGAGCAAGGACACCCGACAAGGAGGAGCACCCUCAGAAAAGAGGGGUUUUUCAUAUGAUAUUCGGAGGGCCGACUGAUGGAGAUUCAAAUCGGGCCAGAAAGGCAUAUGCUCGAGGGCACCACGGAAAAAUUGAAGUGCAGAAGGUCGAAGAAAACGGUCCAGUGAUGAAUUUUGGACCAGCAGACAUGGGAGAAGUCGAGAGGCCUCACAACAAUGCCCUAAUGAUCACAGCUCAGAUAUCGGGCUAUAAAGUGCAAAGGAUCUUUGUCGACACAGGAAGCUCAGUAAAUGUGAUCUUUUACAAUUGUCUUAAGCGAAUGGAACUCGACAUUGAGCUUGCACCCCUGCACACCUCGCUCUUCGGAUUCAAUGGCUCGGAGGUCGCACCCCUGGGAGAAACCACGCUCGCUGUCGUCCUAGGGGAAGGCGACUUGAGGAAGGUAAAAAUGGUGCGAUUUGUAGUGGUCGACGUCGAGUCGGCCUAUAAUGUGAUUUUUGGAAGACCCGCACUCAACACAUUCCAAGUAGUAGUGUCAACCUACCACAUGAAGCUAAAGUUCCCCGUGGGAGAUAAAGUAGGGGAGGCUCGAGGAGACCAGAGAUUGUCGAGAAUGUUACCAGAUAGCAGUGAGAACAAACCAACGGACGGAG